AUGUUUGGCGUAUCAGAGCCAUCUUUAAUCGUCACAGAGCAAAACCUGGCAGAACGAGUUCGGUAUAUCUUGCGCUCAAAUAUAUUUGAUGUCGCCGAACUCGAACGGCUACGACGUGAGGUUGUUCCCUCGUCGGAUGAGAAUGCUACGGCUGAGGAUGCGGCGCCACAAAUGGUAGAGCAACCCGCAAACGUGGAUGCCGCCGUGAAUACCCCAGUUGUGGUUGAUUCAAACGAUGAUGGAACAGUCGCCCAGGAACUGGAAUUAGAGCAUAUGAGGAGUAUAUUGGAAGAGGCGAUUGUGGAAACGCGCAGUACGCCUCUCGAAAAUCGACCGCGACUUCCCCGCAUAGCCCUAAGCAAGCGGAAUCGGGCUGUCGUGAGGGCUCUGAACCCAAUGCUGGUUACCUAUUUGGAAGCCAGCCGAGACCUUUGCGAGACGGACUCAAUUCUUUUUGGCGCCGCGCUGGCAGUCUGCCGUAUCAUAGGCGCCAAGGUUUCCACGGCUGGACGCGCUACUGGCCAUAGUAGCGCUAUCCCAGCAUGGAGAAGAAGAAUUGAGGAACGUAUCGCAACGGCUAGAGCUCUCAUCGGCAGCCUGAUAUGCUUCAGAUCAGGCAACAACAGGCCAAGAAUUGUGCGCACCGUCAGGAUGGCGUAG